UGCUGGCCCCGCCCUCUCGGCGCCGGGCUUCCUUCUGCAACAGGCGUGGGUCACGGGCUCGCUCCCUCGCUCGCUCUCUCUGCCGCCAUCUUGGUUCCGUGAUCUCCGCACAAAAUGCCCGGUGAAGCCACUGAAACCGUCCCUGCUACAGAGCAGGAGUUGCCACAGCCUCAGGCUGAGACAGCUGUGCUUCCUAUGUCUUCAGCCUUGAAUGCUGCUGCUGUAGGGCAGCCUGGACCUCCCCCUCCUUCUUCCCUGGGCCCCCAGCAAAGCCCUCUAGUAACUGCUCAUCAGCCUUCUCCACUCCCAUCUAGUGUUUCCUCGACCCCCUUUGAAGUUCCUUUUGCCCAGCCCAUAACAGCUGAAACUGCUCUGCCCUCAGGAACCGCCCCUCCCACCCCAACUUUCCUGCCACACCUGAUAGGGCCUCCCAUCUCCCCAGCUGCACUAGCCUUGGCCUCUCCCAUGGUAGGUCUAGCUCAGAAAGGUGCCCGUUCCUCCUCGGCUCCCUUAUCUCUGGUCGCAUUAGCUCCUCAUUCGGUUCAGAAGAGCCCUGUGUGUCCCCCUCACCCUCUCACCUCACCUCCAUCAGCUGCUGGAGCAGAAUUGGGGGCAUUGGCAGCUUCCAUCCCUCCCUUAGAAACAAAGACUUCUACCAGUCAAGUUCCCUCUCAGGGAACCCUGAAUCUAAAAGGCACUACCCCACGUCCUCCAGAUGUAGUCAGUGCUUUUCCUUCCCACCUUGAAACCCCCCUGGCCUCUGUUCAGCCUGGUUUAAUGUCCUGUCCUCAAACACUAUCCAUCACUUCCCCAGUGAGAGGUGUCCCCAUUUCCUCAGCUCUGACACAGAGUCAGCUAAGCCUUAACCUAAAGGGACCCGUUAGUUCACCUGCUCAGAACACUGCAACUCCCAGCCUUCCCCCAGCACCCUCUACUUCUCUGGGCUGUCAUCUUCCACUUCUGCAUCACAGUUCUUUGAAUUCUCCCAUCCAGCCUCCAGGUCAGUCAGGUCUUGCAGUGAGUAAUCCCAUUUCUGUAGGUCUCUCUUGUAUUGCAGCCUCUUGCCCACCUGAGCGAUGUGUAGUCCCUACCCUUCCCUCCAAGCUGCUGCCUGCUGAUUCCGGGGUAGCGCCAUCUGUUGACGAAGGCUCCUCUGCCGUUACUAGUGAACUCUGCAGCCCUCCUGGCUCUUCAGAUGUAGCUGGUACUUCCUUGUCUCCUACAGCCUCUCUCGCUUCCAAAGGUUCUAAUGUUGCUCUACAGCCUUUGGUGACUCAAGUUCCCGCUUCUCAAAAAACUGGCUUAAAAGAAACUCCUGUCUCCUGUAUUGGAGCCACCCACCCUACCCUGGGUAACCCUUCUGCCAUUUCUGUAGCGCCUGCCACUCAUGUGCCUCCUCCAGCUUCAUCAGGUCUUGGAAGUAGUAAAGACCCAGCUUCCCCUGGUACCUCACUUGUAGUCCCUGCUGCUCACAAGCAGUUUCCCGCUCCUCCAGUGUCAACUACUCUAGGGGUGCCUGUGUCUCCUCUGCCGGCCACUGAAGGCCUUAAGAAUCUUCCUAUGUCAGUAUUGGUAAAUGUAGGAGCCCCUGUUUCUCCAGCCCAGGCAGGGCUCCCUACCAGAAAAGACGCUACUCUACAACCCUUGUCCCCAAUAGCACUUAAAGAGUCCCCCUCUUCUCCAAGUGCAUCAUCAUCUUUGGAGGUACUUUCAGAAGACACUGUAACAAAGACGACCACAGGAGGACCUGCCCCUGCAGUGCGACCCGCCAUUGCUGGUGUUGCUGUUACUACUUCCCUGCACGCUGUCUCUCCGUCCGCUGUUGUCGCAGCAGAUUCUUGUGUCAGCCCAGUCCCUGUCAGUCAGCCUCUCAAAAGCUCUGUUACCUCCCCGGCAGUGGCUCCUGGAACUGUGCCUUCUAACACUUCACCUCUGGUUCCUUUAGCCUCUGAAGGCUGUCCUGUGGCUUCAUCUAUGGCUUUGUCCCCCCAGAAUGCUUCUGUUUCUGAGACUACAUUGGCAUUGUCCCCUGAAAUCCCCAAAUCUGUACCCUUUCCUCAUCCUCCCUUAGCUGGGAUUUCUUUUUCCAGUGCAAGGAAAGUUGAUGCUGUCUCUCCUGUGGAGUCUUCAGGCUCCUCUCUUGAAGGGCACCCAGAUGCUCCUGUGUCUUCCAAAGGGGCUGUGGUUUGUCUAGCUGACUCCUCAUCUUUAGACACUAGUGUGUCUGCUCAGACUAAACGGCCUGCAUCCAAGAAGGGUUCUGCUCGCUCAGAUGUUUCUCCUGGAAAUGUUUCAUCUCCUCUUUGUCCACUUGAGUCUUCUUUCCUUCCAGAGGCAGGUCUUUCUUUUCAAGGCCCUAAAGGCUCACUUAAUAAGCUUUCUCCCAUUCCUCCAUCUUCCAAAGGGGCCCCUGUUCCUUCAACUGGGGCUCCUCCCUCCCCUAAAGGGGCCCCUAUUGUUCCAACAGAAACUUCUAUAUCCUCCAAAAAGGUCUCAGCAGAAAUUCUUCCUUCCUCCCAAAAGACCCCAGAAGUUACAGCUUCCAGACUGAUGUCCGCAGUCCAGUCUCUUAAAGUAGACCCUGUUAUAUCAGAUGUGACUCCUACCUCUCCCAAAAAGCCUUCAGCAACUGCAAUCCCCAAAGAUACUUCAGCAACCCUGUCUCUCAAAAGUGUCCCCGCUGUGACUUCCCCGUCUCCCCCAAAGGUCCCUGCAGCCCCAUCUCCUAAUGAAACCACCAUUGCUCCUGCUGAGAUUCCUACCUCCCUCAAAAAUGCCCUAGCACCUGCAACCCCCAAAGAGACUUUAACAGCCUCAACUCCCAAAGUGACUUCUCCUUCCCCACAAAAGACUCCAAAAUCCAUAUCCCCUAAGGGUGCCCCAGCUAUGACCUCUAAGAAGGCGACAGAAAGUGCAGCCUCCAAAGAAGUUUCUACAUCCCAGUUUCCCAAAGACGUUCCUCUUCUACCACAUGUGGCUCCUACUUCCCCACCAAAGUCCCCAGCAAGUGAUGCACUCAGUGGGGCUCUAACAAGCCCACCCCCCAAAGGUGCCCCUGCCACCCUACCUGAGACUCCUACCUGUCCUAAAAAGUCCCCCAAAACUGCAGCACGCAAAAAAACUCCAGCAACUCCAUCUCCUGAAGGGGUCACAGCUGUACCACUGGAGAUUCCUCCUUGCUCCAAAAAGUCCCCCAAAACUGGAGCCCCCAAAGAAACUCCAGCAACUCCAUCUCCUGAAGGGGUCACAGUCACAGCUGUACCACUGGAGAUUCCUCCUUGCCCCAAAAAGGCCCCCAAAACUACAGCUCCCAAAGAAAGUUCAGCAACCUCAUCUUCUAAAAGAACCCCUAAAACUGCAAUUUGCAAAGAAAUUUCUUCUAAAGGGGUCACAGCUGUGCCAUUGGAGAUUUCUCUGCCUCUAAAAGAGACCUCCAAAAGUGCAACUCCUGGAGAAAAUUCAGCCUUGUCCCCAAAAAGGUCGCCCAAAACUGCAGGCCCCAAAGAAACUCCACCUGAAGGGGCUAUAGCUGUUCCCCUGGAGAUUUCUCUGCCUCCAAAAAAGAUACCCCAAAAUGCAACCCCUAAUGAAAAUUUAGCAGCCUCAUCCCCAAAAAAGUCUCUCAAAACUUCAGGCCCCAAAGAAACUCCACCUGAAGAGGUCACAGCUGUGCCACUGGAAAUUCCUCCUUCCCCAAAAAAGGCCCCCAAAACUGCAGUGCCUAAACAGAUUCCUUCUCCCAAAGAUGCUUUUACUACCCUAGCUGAAAGUCCUCUCUCUCCCAAAAAGGCCCCCAAAACUGCAGCCCCCAAAGAAGCUCCGGCAACCCCAUCUGUGGGGGUCACAGCUGUAUCAGGAGAGAUUUCUCCCUCCCCCCAAAAGACCUCAAAAACUGCAGCCCCCAAAGAAAAUUUGACUUCAUCCCCCAAAAGGUUCCCCAAAACUGCAGCCCCCAAAGAAACUCCAGCCACAUCUUCUGAAGGGGUUACAGCUGUGCCAUCUGAGAUUUCUCCUUUACCCCCAACUCCAGCCUCCAAAGGGGUUCCUGUGACCCUGUCUCCCAAAGGUGCCCCUAAUGCCCUAGCUGAGAGUCCUGCCUCCCCUAAAAGGGCCCCUAAAACUGCAGCCUCCAAAGAAACCUCAAUAACUCCAUCCCCCCAAAAAAUUCCCAAAAUGGCAGAUCCCAAAGAGGCUCCAGCAACCCCACCUUCCAAAAAGACCCCCAAAACUGCAGUCCCCAAAGAAACUUCAGCACCUUCUGAGGAGAUCACAGCUGUACCACUGGAAACUCAUCCCUCCCCCAGGAAGUCCCCUAAAACUGCAGCUCCCAAAGAAACCCCAGCCCCGGCUCCUGAACCAGUGCAGAUCCCUCCCUCCCCCGGGAAGGGCUCUAAGACAGCAGGCUCCAAAGAAACACCCACAACCCCAUCUCCUGAAGGGGUCACAGCUGCACCUCUAGAAAUUCCCACAUCUUCCAAAAGGACUCCCAAAAUGGCAAGUCCUAAAGAAAUGCUAGUAACCCCAUCUUCCAAAAAGCUCUCACAAACUGUAGGUCCCAAAGAAACUCUACCUGAAGGGGUCACAGCUGUGCCACUGGAGAUACCUUCUUCCCACAAAAAGGCCCUCAAAACUGUAGAUCCUAAACAGGUUCCUCUAACCCCAUCUCCUAAAGAUGCCCCUACUACUCUAGCUGAAAGUCCUCCCUCCCCCCAAAAGGCACCCAAAACUGCAGCCCCACCCUCUGAAAGGGUCACCCCACAGAAGGCCUCAGCAACUGCAGCCUCCAAAGUGCCUGUCCCUGCUGAGACACAGGACGUUGCUGUCUCCCCAAGAGAGGCUCCAGUAACCCCAGCUGUGCCCCCAGUUAAGAAUCCUUCCUCCUAUAAGAAGACCUCAAAGACUGUAGAUCUCAAAGAAGCCCCAGCAACCCUCCCUCCCUCCCCAACAAAGAGCCCUAAGAUUCCAUCAUCCAAAAAGGCACCAGGGAAUUCAGACCCUAAAGAGUCUCCAGCAAGUCCUUCUAUUAAAGCUGUCGCCACCUCACCAGCACAGACGGCUCCUCCCAGUCUGCAAAAGGCCCCAUCAACUACAAUCCCCAAGGAGAAUUUAGCUGCCCCGGCUGUUACGCCUGUCUCCAGCAAAAGCCCCCCAGCUCCAGCUCCAGCUCCUGCAAGUGCUUCCACUGCCCUAGCUGCCACUUCCCUUUCCCCAGCUCCCCCAGUCAAGAUUUCUCCCUCCAAAAAGACCCCAGCUACUGCAGCUCCUCAAACAGCUCCAAAAGAGGCCACAGCAAUCCCAUCUUGUAAAAAGGCUCCAGCUACUGAGACCCCCAUUGAGACUUCAACAGCUCCAUCUCUCAAAGGGGCCCCCAAGGAGACCUCAGAAACUCGAGUGUCCAAAGGAGUUCUCAUGUCCACAGUCAAUUCUUCCCCUCCUAAAAAGGCCCCAUCCUCCAAAAGGGCCUCUGCUCUCCCCACUACAACUCUUCCCUCUCUUAAAGAGGCCUCUGCUCUCUCACCCAUUGCCUCUCCUGAAAAAGACUCCCAUAUCUCCCCAGUGUCCGAUUCUUGUAGCACAGGAACUACUACCCCUCGGGCAUCUGAAAAGCUCCUGGCAAAGAAAGGUCCUACAGCUUCCACAGAAGUGCUUGCUGCACCUGCUCCAGAAAGUGCUUUGGUCAUCACUGCUCCCAUUCAGAAAAGCCCGGGAGCCAACAGCAGUUCUGCUUCCUCUCCUAAGUGCCCAGACCCCUCCACUGAGAAAGAUGCAAAGGGCCUCCCUUCUGCAGUAGCCCUAGCCCCUCAGACAACCCCUGUGGAGAAAGACACCUCAAGAGCUACAGAAGCUCUGCCUGUUUGCCCUGCAAAAGGCAGUGAUUGUCUUCAUUCCCCAAAGCGUCCUGUGGGGUCUCAGGUAGCUGCUCCUCUGGCAGCAUUUACCCCUGACAAGGUCCCUCCAGAAGCUGUGUCUGCAUCUGUGGCUCCAAAGCCUACCCCAGCAGCUUCCCUGACUCUUACUCCCUCCCCAGUUGCCCCUCUGCCUCCUAAACAGCCACUUCUUGAGUCCACACCUGGGUCAGUGCUGGAGUCACCCUCUAAGCUCCCAGUCCCUGCUGAGGAGGAUGAACUGCCGCCUCUGAUUCCCCCGGAAGCAGUCUCUGGGGGAGAGCCUUUCCAGCCGAUCCUCGUCAACAUGCCUGCCCCUAAACCUGCUGGGACCCCUGCCCCAGCCCCCUCUGCCAAGCAGCCUGUUCUGAAGAACAACAAGGGAUCGGGAACAGAGUCUGACAGUGAUGAGUCAGUGCCAGAGCUCGAGGAACAAGACUCCACACAGACAGCCACACAACAAGCCCAGCUGGCAGCUGCAGCUGAGAUCGAUGAAGAACCUGUUAGUAAAGCCAAGCAGAGUCGGAGUGAGAAGAAGGCAAGGAAGGCUAUGUCCAAACUGGGUCUUCGACAGGUUACAGGGGUUACGAGAGUCACUAUCCGAAAAUCUAAAAAUAUCCUCUUUGUCAUCACAAAACCAGAUGUCUACAAGAGCCCAGCUUCAGACACCUACAUAGUGUUUGGGGAAGCCAAGAUUGAAGAUUUGUCUCAGCAAGCGCAGUUAGCAGCAGCUGAGAAAUUCAAAGUUCAAGGCGAAGCUGUUUCAAACAUUCAAGAAAACACUCAGACUCCAACCGUCCAAGAGGAGAGUGAAGAGGAGGAGGUUGAUGAAACAGGUGUGGAAGUUAAGGACAUAGAAUUAGUCAUGUCACAAGCAAACGUAUCAAGGGCAAAGGCUGUUCGAGCCCUGAAAAACAACAGUAACGAUAUUGUAAAUGCUAUUAUGGAAUUAACAAUGUAACUAUCUGACAGCGAAGACAACUCCUCCCCUUUCCCCCCUUUUUGGUGUUGAAAAGUGGAAUUACAGCUUGGUUUAAAAUUUGUACUGUUUCUAUCACUAAUAAAGUUGUGGCUUCUUGUUGGAUGGA